CUAAUCCCCUGCCUUCCGGCUCAGACGAGCGGCUUGCGGCGGCCAGCAGGGUCGCCUUCGCUCGGGACCUCCGUCGCUGGCUCUGCGUUCUGGAUUGGUCAGGCGGAGCGAUGCCCGCGCCCCGCUUCCCCGUGCCCCGCGCGCCCGGUGACCACUCGCCCGCUGCAGGGCUGCGGCCGUGACCCCCUGCCGCCGACUUUCGCCCAGCGUCCAGCUCCGAGCUCGCUGGCCCGGGCAGGGAGAGGCCCUGGUAGUGUCAGGAGGUUUCAGAGAGGCUCGAGCAGCUACUUCUGUGGUCAUGGAGAUCAGCGUCCACCAGGAUUACUGUAUGGUCUUCACCCAGCCUGCCACCCCCUAGGCUCAGCCGUGGGUCCUGAUUUCCACCAAUGAAGUUUUUUUUUUAAUCCUUUCUUGAAUCAUGUGACAUCACUUCUUGUCCGUUGUUUCCCUUUCGGUAGCCAAAUCCAUUAAGUGUACUCACCCGAGUCCUUGCCUUGAAGAGAGCAUUCACACUCUUGGCUGCCUGACAAAGACAACAGUCAGGCGGUGAUUCUCCCAGCUCCGUUUUUCUGUAUGUCAAGUUUGCAAGGCUGAGUAAAACUAUUUUCUGGCACAUUGGCAUAGGGAAAGAUCAUUCCUGCAUUAAUGGCAAAAGUUGAUCACCAUGAGACUGUUUUAGAUUCCUUGGUAGGGCAGUAUAGUUUCCAGUAAGGCUUCAGUUUAUGAAAAAAGCAAGGGGGAAGGUGAGAAAAUAGGGUUAACUGGAGCUAUCCCUUGUCAUAGGAACUUGAUUAAUUUCUAAAAUGCAAGUGAAGAGACUCAGACUUCCUUAGAAAGUUGUUACACCAUCUGUUAAGUCCCAGGGAACAGCUGAGGGCUCUUAAGCCUCCAUUUUCUGUGUUCAAAUCUAAGUUGUUAAUUGUCUAAACUACUAGACUAAAAUGUUGGGGAAACGUAAGCGUGUGGUGUUGACAAUUAAAGACAAACUUGACAUCAUUAAGAAGCUUGAAGAAGGCAACUCUUUUAAAAAACUUUCUGUCGUGUAUGGAAUUGGUGAAUCCACAGUUCGCGACAUUAAAAAAAACAAAGAAAGAAUUAUAAACUAUGCCAACAGUUCAGAUCCUACUAGCGGGGUGUCCAAACGUAAAUCUAUGAAGUCAUCAACGUAUGAGGAGCUUGAUAGAGUUAUGAUAGAGUGGUUUAAUCAACAGAAAACAGAUGGGAUCCCAGUGUCUGGGACUAUCUGUGCAAAACAAGCCAGGUUCUUUUUUGAUGCAUUGGGGAUGGAAGGUGAUUUUAAUGCCUCAUCUGGCUGGCUCACUCGGUUUAAGCAGCGCCACGGGAUUCCAAAGGCUGCUGGUAAAGGAGCAAAAUUAAAAGGGGAUGAAACUGCUGCCAGUGAAUUUUGUGGUAACUUUCAAGAAUUUGUGGAAAGAGAAAAUCUCCUACCGGAACAAAUUUAUGGUGCUGAUCAAACUGGACUGUUCUGGAAAUGUCUCCCCUCAAGGACACUGGCUUUUGACCCUGACCGGAGUACUUCGGAAUAUAGGUCAAGCAGAGAGAGAAUCAUUAUUAUGUGUUGUGCAAAUGCCACCGGUCUGCACAAGCUUAACCUUUGUGUGGUGGGAAAAGCAAAAAGGCCCCGUGCAUUCAAAGGCACUGACCUUUCCAACCUUCCUGUCACUUACUUCAGUCAGAAAAGUGCAUGGAUCGAGCAGUCUGUUUUCAAACAGUGGUUUGAGAAGUGCUUUGUGCCACAGGUGCAGAAGCACCUGAAAUCCAAAGGGCUUCGAGAGAAAGCAGUACUGCUUUUAGAUUUCCCCUCAGCACAUCCAUCUGAAGACCUGCUGAGCUCCGAUGACGGCAGGAUAAUUGUGAAAUAUUUGCCACCAAAUGUAGCAAGUCUUAUUCAACCUAUGAGCCAAGGAGUUCUAACCACAGUUAAAAGAUAUUACCGAGCAGGACUUAUCCAGAGAUACAUGAAUGAAGGAAAUGACCCAAAAAUGUUCUGGAAGAAUUUGACAGUGCUGGAUGCAAUUUAUGAGGCCUCAAGAGCCUGGAACAUGAUAAGAUCAAAUACCAUAACCAGAGCGUGGAAAAAGCUUUUCCCUGGCAAUGAAGACAAUUCAAGCAUGAGCAUUGAUGAAGGAGCCAUUUUAGCUGCUAAUUUAGCAACUGUUUUACAGAAUACAGAAGAUUGUGAGCAUGUCAACAUUGAAAAUAUCGAACAGUGGUUUGACUCUCGGAGUAGUGACUCAAACUGUCAGGUGUUGGCUGACAUUGUAGGUGCUGAAGACCGGGCUGUGGCUGCUGAGCAGAAGCCUUCCAGGAAGACUAGGAAAGCAGAACUGAAUCCAGAGAAGCAUAUUAGCCACAAAGCUGCACUUGAAUGGACUGAAAAUUUGCUGGAUUAUCUGGAACAACAAGAUGACAUGCUACUCUCUGAUAAGCUGGUAUUGCGGAGGCUUCGGACCAUUAUAAGAAGAAAACAGAGGAUUCAAAAUAAAAAUCAUCUGUAGUGCUCCCUUCUGUUGCUGUGUGUUUUCAUCUUUGUGGCUUGUCUGCAGUGGUUUUAUCUAAGGCCCAAUAAAUGUUACCGAUGAUUUUUAGAAUUAGAUGCUGCUUUGGAUUACUUAAAUUACCGCUCUUUAAUGUUGGCUCUGAAUGAGCAAUGACAUGGGAUUCAUUAUUUGCUUCUAAACCGUGUUUUACUAAUUAGAUCACAAAGUACCCAAGGCUGGGAUAUGUUGUAUGCCUGAAUUCAACAUGUCUAGUGACAGGCUGUGCACACUCAAUAAAUCUUACUUAAAUCGAAUUUUGAUGACUUCUUGAGUGUAAGUUUGUAAAGUAAAAUGGGAUGAGUUUACAUUUCCACUGGUGAGAGGUUUAAGAGAGUUCAGCAACGUUUGUGCUUGAAUUUUCCUGCAACUUCAGUGAUCUGGAUAAUAGCAGCGUAAAUCCUUGAAUAGUGCGUUGCUUUCUGGCAAAAUUCAGGCAGCUGUUUUUUGAGAUUGGCCAUUUCUUAGUGUAGUGAAGGAAAAACUAGGGUUAAAUGUUCUGAGAGAAAAGCAUACAACUUCACCUUUAUUCUAGAGACAAAAGUUUUUCAUUUGUGUGGAAGGUGUACCAGCAUUUCCCCAAGAAUAUGAGCUUUAAUUUCCUAAAGAAUGUGCUUAAAAGAAAUAAAAGGUAAGCAUUAA